AUGGCCAAGCUCGCAACCUUAGCAGCUCUUUUUGCAGCCCUUUUGUUGGUGGCGAAUGCCACUGCCUUCCACACCACCUUAACAACCAUGGACGUCGGCGAGGACCUUGAGAACCGGCAGAGGCUUGCAACCUUAGAAACUCUUUUUGUUGUUGGUAGUGCAUGCCACUGCCUUCUACACCACCGUAACAACCGUAGACGUCGACGAGGACAUUGGGAAUCAACAAAGCUACAAAUACCCUCCACUCCCACCAUAGAGUUUCAUCAAAGCAUUUGCAUUCCAACUAAAGUGUUUCAUAUCAUAACAAUGGCAAGGCUCGCAACCUUAGCAGCUCUUUUUGUAGCCCUUUUGUUGGUGGCGCAUGCCGCUGCCUUCCGCACCACCAUAACAACCGUGGACGUCGACGAGGACAUUGAGAAUCAGCAGAGGCGAGGCGAGAGCUGCCGCGAGCAGGUUCAGCGUCAGCAGAACCUCAACCACUGCCAGCGGUAUAUGAGGCAGCAAAGCGAGUCCGAGAGUGACGAAGACGGCAACCAACAGCAGCAUUUACAGCAGUGCUGCCAACAGCUGAGGAGGAUGGACGAGCAGUGCCGAUGCGAGGGGUUGAGGCAGGUGGUAAGGCAACAGCAGGGUGAGCUCCGGGGUGAGGAAAUGCGGGAGAUGAUGGAGUGUGCGAGAGACUUGCCAAAUCAAUGCCGCCUCAGCCCCCAGCGUUGUGAGAUUCGCUCCUCCUGGUUUUAG